AACUCUUUAUUAUUAUCUUCUCAGUGUAUGACUCCACCUCACAGUCCGAGCUUCUCCGAGUCCUCCACCACCUCUGCUCUGAGCCCCCCCCCCAGAGCAGUCUUACCCCGCCUGGCGCUCUGCAUGGGCUCCACCCUCCUCAGUGACUCCUCCUCCUCCCUCUUCGCCUCGGACACCUCAGCACCUCAGACGGAGUCGUCCUGUGUGGCUCUGCCCGGCAGAGCCAUGGCCACCAGCGUGAUCCGCCACACCGCCGACAGCCUCAGUAUUCCUCCUCCUCCCCCUUCCCCCUCCUGCUCCCCGCCAUCACAAAUGCCGCCUCAGCCCCGACUUCUAAAGACGGACGAGAAGGAUGGACGUCCUCUAUCUCCUGACAACCUGUCCUCUCCUCCCUCUUCGGUGUCUCCUCCUCACUCCUCGGUGUCCCCUCCUCACUCCUCGGUGUCUCCUCCUCACUCCUCGCCGGUCUCCCCCUCCCCGCUGCUCUGUCAGGUGAUCCCGGUGAGCGGCCGGACGGGGAUGAUCUCCGCCUUCGUCCAAGGUCCGGUUCAGGUGCAGACUCAGGGGGGGCCAAAGCCCCUCCAGCCUCUGCUGUUGGGCUCGGCUGUGCCGCAGGGGACCGUGAUGUUCGUGGUCCCCCAGUCGCCCGUCUCCCAGCCGCCGCAGGGACCGCAGACCGUCAUGACCCUGGGCAACACCAAACUGCUCCCACUGGCCCCUGCUCCAGUUUACAUGCCGUCAGGAGUGAGCGGCGCCUCGCAGGUCGACUUCUCCCGCAGGAGAAACUACGUCUGCAACUUCCCUGGCUGCAAAAAGACGUAUUUCAAGAGUUCCCACCUGAAGGCUCACCUGCGCACACACACAGGUGAAAAGCCGUUCAGCUGUCACUGGGAGGGAUGUGACAAAAAGUUUGCCCGUUCUGAUGAGCUUUCUCGCCACCGCAGGACGCACACUGGCGAGAAGAAGUUUGUCUGCAACGUGUGUGACCGGCGCUUCAUGCGCAGUGACCACUUGACCAAACAUGCCCGGCGGCACAUGACCUCCAAGAGGGCGUCCUCGUGGCCCGCCGAAACCGGAGACCUCAACAGAGUGGCCCUGCCCAAGGGCCAAAACAGAGGCCCUGCGCUUCCUGUCGGCGUGCUCAUUCCCACCGCCAACUAACAGACUCAGGAGCCCACAGGGCCGACUCAGGACCCCAGGAGGGGUGGGGGGGUUGGUUCAGUCCGCUCCACCCGUCACAUCAGGACGAUCAUUUCUACUGCACAUCUCAAUCGGCCGGUGAACACGUGACGACGACCGGGCCCCGGCUACGUUUACACACGCCACAGAACAGGGUCAAAACUGUCACAGCUCGUUAUCACAUCACAUGAAACUAGUUAAGUUGCCAUGGAAACCAGCCCAGUUAUCUGUUUCCCCAGUGACUGAUCCAUGUUUCUUUUCAUGUUGCCAUAGAAACUAAACCUUUUGUGAGCUAAGCAGCAUUGGCCAGACACACCAGCUCCCCCCUGAGGCUGAAAUGUUUAAUACACUCCAACUCCUAAUAAAUCUGACUCUUCCUCAGUAAAACGCACAGAGAACAAAUGUCAGGAGAUUGUAAACACUCACAAAUACGAAGAUACUAUGACUGUUCAUGGUGGGUGAUGCUAAGCUGUCUGGCUACUGUGCUAACCAUUAGCUCACUAGCUAGCUUCAUUCAGAUACUUUCAUGUGUGUCCGAACAUCAAGGUGUGUUCAUGCCACAUAUGAUUAAGAAAGACAAGCUGUAAUAAUCUGUUCACGUAGCCGGAGCUGCCAGCGGACGACAGAACGAGUUUCCCGCCCUCUCAGGACAUUUUAUUCCCACCAACCACAAACUCACUGAGGAGGAAGAGGAGGACGUGAAGGCGACAGGCUGCUAUUCAUCCACGGACAGAAACCAACAAAAACCUGACAUUGCACUGGAUUUUUUAGAUCUUGCUUGUUUUUGUACUCUCUCCGUGUAUAAUCAUGUUUACUACAUGUGUAUAUGUCAAGUGUAGCAAAAUGUAUGCACUCGUUUUAUUUUUCGCCAAAGCCUCUGUAUUGUGCUUCUAUUGUUCGCCUUCUGCUUGUCUGUGACUGUAAAUACUGUAAAUAUAUUGAUAUCUAUAUGAAUGUUACGUGUAUUCCAAUCUGCAUUUAUUGACAGUACGAGUUAUUGAUAUUUUAAAAAUGUCAGUGGACAGUAUUCCUCAC